AUGGAGGAAUCAAGGGAAGGAGAUUGUAGGGUUCCUUUGAUCUCUUCCAUAUUUUGUGUAUGCGUAACGACCGGUGGAGUCCUCCUGGCUAUGUAUGUUUUCAUGCCUUCAGUCUCUGAACCAUGGUUUCCAAUUGCAGCAUUCAUUUUGAUAGGUUCCCCAUGGAUUUUUUGGGUUUUUACAUAUAUAUAUACCUGCAUAAAAGCUUGUUGUCGUCAUAAUGGUCUUAAUGAUCGAAGAUUGUCAAGGAGGAGGAACGCCACGAUUUCAAACAACGCAAUGGCAAGAAAUGAAUCCAUCAACGAUCAGCCUUCUGCUGCUUCUGCUGCUGCUGUGAAUUCUCCGCGCGAAGGAAAACAUGUGCAAUUUGGUGGUGUGGUUGUAAUGGAUAGCGAAAACAGCAAUGGUCACGAAAGCCACCAAGAUCCAUCGGUUGCCUCUUCUAAAGAAUGUGAGAUGCCAUUACAUUUAGGCGUUUCAUCUUCAUGA